AUGUCCACCAAGUCCUCGCUGCGCAGUUCCCGAUCACACGCCUCGUCGGUGGGCGAGAACUCCGCCUCGCUGCACAGCGGCGUCUCCAGCCGCCACAAGCGCCAGCAGCUGCAGCACGGCGACCCGCGAUUGCCACCAGCGAAAAUGACGCCGUUUGAGCGGCUGCAACUCAUUCGAAACUCCAUCACGCGAUUGCGGUACAUUGGAGAACGUCAGGCCCAUUGUGCUCCUCUCGACACCGCUGGCGGGGAAGAUGUUCUUCAUUUCUUCGAUGAUUUACGUGAACGUCUGCCAAAGCUUGAGUACAAUCCGCGAAAACUUGGUAGUCCGGAAUCAGGCGGUCCAAAGCAUCUCCACUACGUAAGCGAACAGGUACGUGCCUUACAAGAUACCGCAACAAGAGUAUUUAAAAUUUCUGAAGAGGAAACAGGUCAUUCUGUAGCUGUAUAUGAAGGACUCUCUUAUCAUUACGUACAAGAAGUACAACGUGAAUUGGAGGAACUUCAACACUUGGUAGAUUCUUCACCAUCUAAUUUACCAAGUCGUGUUAAUACGGAACUUUUAUCAGAUUUGGUUUCAUUUCAUAUAGCAGACUUUGAUGCUUUUGCAGAACAACGUGUAGAGGCAUUUGUGCGUGAGAUGAAAAAUGAAGGAGUAGUCUUCAGUGCUGUCGUUAAUGAAGUUGGUCAACGCACACCUACACCCGUAGGACUUGUUUCUCUCGUUAUAUUGGAUGUGGCAAUUGGUAUUCGACCUGCACGUUGUGCUCGUAUGGUUAUUGAACAUGCACAGCAUAAUUUAACAAAACUUGAAAAUCGUAUACAUACCGCUGAUCAAGCACUCUACGCUAUGAAUACUGUUGAUAAUGUACAAGCUGAAACACAACGUAGAGAGUUUACAAUUCUUAAAGAUCGUAUUAAAAGUGCCCUUGCGGAGUUAAUCAAUUUAAAAAAAAAAUGGGAUGAAGAAGAACAUAAUACAUUACAACGUGCUGUUUCAGGACAACAUGUUCUCGCCUCUUUGGUAGAGAUGAAACAUUUAAAAGAAGCUGAAAUUAUGGAAGAAGCACAAAAUAUUCAUGACCGUGCCGUGCAUUCUUGUUUACCUUUUGCUACUCCACAAUACUACCGACGUUAUGGUGAGACAUACGCACAAUCAUGUCAUGUGCGACUUGGAUUUAAAUUCACUGCAGAUAAUCAGGGAGAUACACAAGGUGGAGUGGUAACACUUUAUACACUUAUGCCAGAAUUUCUUUCACUCAUGCGUCAACAUAAUGUUCCAGUAGAAGAACAUGAACGUUAUUCCGCGUUGGUACCCAGUAAAGAUCAGUUGUGGAUUUCUUUUUCGGAAUUUCCAGAGAUGGUACAAGGGGCACGUUGUGCUUUACGUGGAACAGAUUCUCGUCAUGAUAAUUUUCGGGCUCUUGAAGAUCAGAAAGAAGUUGGUGGAUAUUUUAUUAUGCGAGGAGGCGAACGUAUUUUACGUGCACUUCUUAUGCAGCGAUGUAAUGUUCCAAUAAAUAUCCAUCGAGAGCGAUUUGCAACACAAGGACCUUUUUUCUCACCAAAAGCUGUUGUUAUUCGUUGUAAGCGUCCUAGUGGAUUGACUAUACAAAAUUACUUCUAUUACACUACUACAGGUGAGGUUGUGUUUAGUUUUGCACGAAAGGUGGUUUGGCACAUACCAGUUCCUCUUUUACUAUUCGCCUUAAACACUCGUCAAUGUUCUCCAAUGGAAAUAUAUAAACUUCUAACUUUAGGUUUUACCGAUAGUAGUAGUUCUCAUGCCGCUCGUGUAGAAGCACUAUUACAACAUCAUCAUCAAAAACCAUAUGCCACACUUACUCACUUUUUGGAUUACAUUGCAGUACUUGGUAGAAUGUACCGAAAAUAUCAUCAGACAUCUAAUACUUUUCAUUUUCUUCCACAAUUUCAUUCUACUUGUCAAGCUCAACAUGAUGCAUGGUAUGGAGUUUUCAUGUUACGUCGUCAUGUGCUUCCACAUUUGAAUGUAAAUGUUCCUACACCAGAUUUGUCAGCAUCUGCUUCUCCAGAAGAAUGUAAUAGUUGGCUUCCUCCUCAACUUAUUAAAGAAUUAGAAGAAAAAUUUAAUGUGAUGAUAGCUAUUGUGCGUCAGUUAUAUGCUUUCUUUGAUGGAGUAUGUGAUCAUCAAGGUAAUGAUGUUCCUGCUUAUCAAGAAGUUUUUACUGUUUCACAAGUUUUGAUGGGUGGUUUUGAAGUAUGUUUAAAUAAAUAUAUGAAAGGUUUUGUAUACCGCUUGGGAAGUCACAUUCCAUCUCAUUUAUUUCAAUGUAUUAUAAAACUUUCUGAAAUGCCAGCGAAAGAGUCUGUUGGAGUCAUUACACAAUUACGAAAGUAUGCAGAGUACAGUGAAAGACGAAGUGUGAGUGAUCCUUUGGAUGCACUUCAUCGUGUUUUAAUUACUGGAAACCUUACUCUAGAUCGUGAAGAAGAUUUCUAUUGUCCUCAAACAUCUGGUUGGGUAGUUAUGGCAGAACAUCUUAACUUUUACCGCUUUUUUGAACAACUUCGUUGUUUACAUCGUGGUAAAACUAUUGCAGAGAUGCGUUCCAGUGAAGUACGACGAUAUCCUUGUGAGGCCUAUGGAUUUAUUUGUAUGGUUCAUAGUCCUGAUGGUGAAGAUUGUGGUGUUUUAAAUCACUUGAGUAUAAGUACUAUUAUGUCUAAUUCAGUAUUAUCUGAAUCACGACAAGAAAUGGAUUUACUUUCGUGGAUUAAGGAAGAAAUUCAUGGUCUUCGUAAUAGUUCAUCCAAUUUCUCUUUGGUGGAUUGCCUUGUGGAUACUGUACCUGUUUGGGUAGAAGGAAAAUUAUUGGGAUAUUUGUCUCCAGAUGAAGCUCAAAAAGCUGGUAAAGCUUUACAACGUAAAAAAGCACUUAAAAAACGAAAAAUGGUGGAACAAAGUGGUAUUGUACGUCGACAAAAUGUAAGUAUUUUAAAUACUGUUGAAAUUGUAUAUGUUCCUCCAGGGAAUAAAGAUCCACAAGGAUUAUAUAUAUUUUAUGAUUAUGGUAGAUUAAUGCGUCCUGUACAACAAAUUGAAUCUUCAUCUCGUAAUGAUGAUCUACCUUUUCCCUUGGUAUACGUUGGAGUAUGGGAGCAAGCCUGGCUUGAUAUUGCUAGCGUUCCUUCAGAUCUUAUGGAUGGAGUUACACAAUUAAAUCGUAAGUAUGAGUUUAUGGAACAAAAUGGUAGUAAUAUUCUAAGUUUAACUUCUACAACUAUUCCAUUUUUUGAACAUAAUUGUUCUCCACGAAAUCUCUUUCAAUGUGGUCUUUCUAAACAGUCAGCGGGUACACAAUUACAAGCAUUAGCUUGGAGAAAAGAAGCGAAAUUAUUCCGUAUGUAUUUUCCACAACGUUAUAUCAGUCGUACUCUUCCAAUGGAUUACUAUGGAUUAGAUGAUGUAAAUUUGGGAGUUAACGCUGUUGUCGCUAUUCUUGCAUAUACUGGGUAUGAUUUGGAUGAUGCAGUCAUAUUAAACAGUACGGCUUCACAGUUUGGUAUGCUUCAUGCAGGAAUAACAGUGGCUAAGGUUAUAACAGCAGGUGGAAAAGGAGAUAAAGAUGAUGUUUUUGUUUUUCAAAAUUUAUUAUCAAAUGGAGAACCUUUUACACCAGAGUUAGAUCCUCGUGGACUCCCUUAUAAACGUGCGGUACCAGGAGUAACAGAAUUUUUUUCUUUUGAUUCAGAUCAUAAAUAUCCUGCUUUACGUGAUAAUAGUCCAGUAUACUGUUGUGCAAAGAGGUAUGAACGUAUUGAUCCUUUAACUAACAAAAAAGUUUAUGAAUAUACUCGUCAUCAUGUAACAAAAUGGCGACAUUUUGAUAAGGGAGAAAAUGCUUGGGUACACAGUGUUGUUCCCCUUACAUACGAUGGACCAGAUCCAACAAGUGUUCUUGUUGUUUUUCGAAUUCCACGUCCACCAGCUGUUGGUGAUAAAUUUUCAUCUCGUCAUGGACAAAAAGGAACUCUUCCACUUCAUAUUCGUUCUCAUGAUUUACCUUUUAGUACAAGGGAUGGUAUAACUCCUGAUGUUAUUAUUAAUCCUCAUGCUUUUCCCUCUCGUAUGACGGUAGGUAUGGUGCUUGAAAUGAUGGGAGCGAAGGUGGGUGCUAUUGAGGGUCAUUUCUGUGAUCACAGUGCAUGGAGUGUGAUAGAUGAACAACCACGGUUUGCGGAAAUGAUUGGAAGUGCACUUCAACGUGCUGGAUACAAUCGAUAUGGACGUGAAAAACUUAUUGAUGGCAUCAGUGGAGAAGAGAUGGAGGCGGAUGUGUUUAUGGGCAUUUGUGGAUAUCAACGACUACGACACAUGGUGAAUGACAAGUGGCAGGCGCGGGCCCGCACAGACGCGCACACACACCGCGCCGUCACUAAAACCGGGCAGCCGGUGAAGGGACGUAAACGACACGGCGGUGUGCGUGUGGGGGAGAUGGAGCGGGAUGGUUUACUCUCACACGGGGCGGCAGAGGUGGUGGUGGACCGUUUAUUACAUGUUUCCGAUAAAACAAAGGCCUUUAUUUGCGUGGAGUGUGGAUCACUGCUGUCUAUAUACGAACGACACGCAACGGAGUAUUCCACGUGGAAGACAUGUAAGUUCUGCGGCGCCGGCUCGCAGGAGGCAACAGACACAAUUGCGUUUGUGGAGAUUCCGCAGGUGUUGCGGCUGUGGGCUGCAGAGCUUACGAGUAUUGGUAUUCGCGUGGUGCUCAAGACAAGUGAUGGCGUGCAGUGA